UUUAAAUGUUUUGCUAACACCGCCUUUCCUCUAGUUGUUUCGGGUCACUCUGGUAAAAACUACAACCAAACCAUAAAAUAAGCUUUUGGUUUGCCUGUUUGCUGUCAUCUUCUGGAUUUCUACCUUUUUAGGACUUGAUAAAGUCAAAGCAAUGUCUUCAGGACCCACAUUUUCAGGGAAGGAUCCAGACCAACACAAACGAGUCACAAUGAAGUCCAACCCUGGAAUCCUGGAGCGACUGGGUGAAACAGCAGGGGGGACAGUUGCUGGUGUUGGACUGUUUUUCCUCUCCAUCUAUAUUCUCUUCACCAAUGAGGGACGAGCCCUACAAACAGCCUCUUCCCUGGAUGAAGGCCUGUCUCAGGUUGUAUCUCUGGGGCCUUACUCCAGCUUCAGCCCGCAGAAUAACGACCGAUUAGUUCAUCUGUCUGCUCAGCUGCAGACUCUACAGCCACUACAUGAUCCCAACUACAGAGUGGCGGUACAGGCAGUGAAGCUGAAGAGGGAGGUGGAGAUGUAUCAGUGGGUGGAGUACCGGGAGAGCAAGGAUUAUCAAGAGAAUGGAGAAACCAAGACAGAAACGACAUACACCUACAACACCGAGUGGAAAUCAGAGCUCAUCAACAGCCGCAACUUUGAUAAAGAACUUGGUCACCAGAACCCAAGCGCCAUGGCUGUGGAAAGUGUGACAGUGGUGGCUCCUGAAGUUCGAGUUGGCCCUUUUGUUCUGUCCAAAGGUCUGGUGGAGCAGAUCAAUAAGUUCCAGACUCUGAGUCUGAGGGAUUUUUCAGUCUUUAACUUGGAGCCGUAUCUCUCCAUUCAUGAUGAUUAUUUUUAUCACACUCAGUCUCCACUGAGGCCACAGGUCGGGGAUGUGCGAGUGAGAUUCUCCUUUGCUGGGCUGAGCGGGGAGAACCCUCACCUGGGCCAGCCUCAAACUGUCAGUAUUGUGGCCAAGCAAAGGCAAGAAAACCUGCUACCCUUUAAAACCAAGUCAGGAGAUUAUCUGGAGAUCCUCUACCUGGAGGAGCUCACUGCAGAGGAGGUGUUUGAACGGGAACAUCAGCACAACACCAUGAAGACAUGGGGCCUCCGAGCUGCAGGCUGGGCCCUCAUGUUCGUUAGCAUUCAGCUAAUGACGCGCAUCAUCUUCACGCUCGUGGACUGGGUUCCUGUCCUCAGAGACAUUGUGUCCUUCGGCCUGAAGAUCUUUGCGCUGUGUCUCUCCUGCUCGCUGUCUCUUCUCGUCGUUGCAGUAGGUUGGCUUUUCUAUAGACCGUUGGUGGCAGCAGCUCUGGGAGCGCUCGCUCUACUUCCCGUGUUUUUGGCCCGCUCAAGUCUAUCAACCAAGAAGAGCGAAUGACUAUCCUACAGAGGGUUUACGGGACGUGCUUCCAUGUUCUAAAGGACAUCCAAUGAACACGUUUGUUCUUGAAUUUUAAAGAAAAAAGUGUAAACCAUCGGCUCCAUAUCAGGGACAUAGAAUAUUUUUAUAAAAUGCAAAAGCUUCAGAAGACCCCUCAUGUAGAACGUUGUCGACAUCCACAUUAUAUUUUCACAUGCAUCACUCGGCAAAUAUGUUCCCUCCAUCCCUUCUACUUCUAUCUGAUAUGCAGUUUGUUUAUAUCUGUGGAAAUACUUUGUUCAAAUAUGUUUAUGGGACUUUGUGCAGGUGUAAUAGUUUAUUUUAGAAAUUUAGUUUGAGAAAACAAAGUUUCAGCUACCUGUUAAAAACAUCCUUUUCCCUUAAUAAGUGCUUUAAUACAUGCGAGUAUCUACACCAUACUGGUAUGAGGCUGAAUCGGUUUCUGCUUCACCAGUAACACUUGAAGGCUUUGUGUGUUUAUGUUUACAAUACAGCUGAUCUGUAAAAAGGUCAUGAGUCAGUGUGUGAAAUGUAAAUGUUAAUAAAGUUUGUUUGAGGAACAAAAUCUCAAACACCUGUGGGUUUCGACUGAUAAAUAAAAGCUUUUUCAUUCUG